UUUAAUAAUUGUAUGGCUACGUUCUAUCUAUCAGCUCAACGAGAGGCUGCUUCAACGAAAGGCUGCUUGCUCAAGCAGCUCAACAAAAGGCGGCUAUCUACAUUGCCAGUUCACUCGAGCCUGAAGCCUGCUUCCGUGCCAUCUCAUACCUUCAUGUGGUCUUCCGUACCGAGUUGGAAGGUUCCAGAGUUGCAAAUUAACACUCCCGUCCAACGAACGGGGCUACGGCCCGUCAUCAAACGGGCUUCAAAAUAUUCAAUGUUGUGUCACACUGCGAGUUGGGCUGUAGUCACACGUGCCACCCUGAUCUCCGUGGCUGGGUCGUCCAGCUACCUUUUCUUUCUUUCUUUCUCAUUUCCCUUCCCGCUUGUCUUCCAUUCUUUUCCCCUUUCCACAGGCGGCUGCAAUCAACGUCACCACGUCCAUCCUCAACUACUAAAUCUUCCGGCACCCAGCAUUCGCAGCAGCCCACCGCCAUGGACAUGGAGAGCCUGAUUCGGGAUCUAUCGCAGAUGCAAAUACAGGCAUUCUUUGAGAAGAGCGCCCCUGUAACGCAGGUUCAAUGCAACACAGAGGCUGAACGCAUCACGGGCGAACCUGUCAAACCCACGGCGGUGCAAGGCGGAUGCAGCUACACCGUUGUCACUGAAAGUGGCUCACUUGUUGUCCAGUUUCGCAGCAGCGACUCUGCCCUAGACCUCGGCUUUCUCCAGGACAUCGAGCAAGCCUACAAAGGCUUCGUUCCACACCACGAGAGCGUGGGCAAGGUAGGCGAGGUUCACGUCUACAGGAUGAACAAUGUCGGCGGAGUGGCCAUGUAUCUGGCCCGCGACCAGCUGCAUGCGAAUGAUUGCUUGCUCCUGAAGAAGACUCUGCAAGACUACGCAAGCUUCUUCAGCUCGGCAUGGUGGAACACGCCUCAGACAAUCAAGGAUACAGACCGUGGCAAGCUCCUCCAGACCUACGACGCGCAGCUUGCGGUGUUGGAGAGCGGUUUGCCGAGCCGCUUUCGCCAGACUCUAAACAAGGUCAGAUCGCGCCUCCCGGAGCUCUUUGCCGGGGACUGGCCGAUGGUGCCCAACCACAUCGACCUCCGGGAGAACAACAUCCACGUGGACACGACCUCGGGCAGUCUCGUCGGUAUCUGCGACUGGAAGGACACCGAGGUCAGCCCGUUUGGCAUGUCGCUUGGCGGUUUCGAGGCGAUGUUAGGGAUCAGAAGAGUCAACGUGGGCUGGACCUAUCUCCCCAACCAGCAGGCCCUUCGCGAUGUGUUUUGGGCGGCGUUUAAGGAGUUGAUGAAGGACUACGACGAUCGCGUGGAAGUUGCGAGGAUUGCCGGCCUCUUCCUGGACAAUGGCUUUCAGCAUGACGAGCACGGCAACAUAGUUCCGGCGCAGGAGGGAAGCGAUGACUUGAUUUUUCUCGAUGCAGUUAUCCUGGGAAAUUCGUCAUCUCAAUAGCUGCCUGUUAUUCAUUUCGCACCUUCGCACCAUAUACAUAAAGAUGUGAUGCCUGUUUCAUUCGGAGAGGAUAUCCGGUUAAAGAUAGGUACGGAGUAGGUAUAUAGUUUGAAGAUCUUGA